UUUUCUUCAUCACUACUCUAUCUCUGUUAAUCUAUUACUACUUCUAAGUCUGUUUGCUGGUUAUAUUAUAUUUCUGGUUUAAAUCUCUUUGUGUGUUUUGAGGGGAAUUAUAUUUUGAAAGCACAGCAGGAAAGGAAAAAAAUAAUAGUAAGAAAGAUGUUGGGAAUAUUCAACAAAGAAUUGGUGCAACCUCCUCAGGAGCUGAAUAGCCCGGCCUCAUUGAAUUCUUCUUUGAAGCCUAAGCUUCCAAACGAGAUUUUGAACCACUUCAUUUCUCAAUCUAGUGAUGCCUUCUCAAUCGGCUUUGGAGAUGCAAUGUCUUUGGCAUAUAUUCCACCAGAGAAAACAUAUUCCAUUCAUCAGAGGUUGUUCUGUGGUAUAGAUGACAUAUACUGCAUUUUCCUGGGGAGCCUAAACAAUCUAAGCAGCCUCAUCAGGCAGUAUGGCUUAUCAAAGGGCACAAAUGAGGCCAUGUUUGUGAUUGAGGCAUAUAGGACCCUCCGUGACAGGGGCCCAUAUCCUGCUGAUCAAGUCCUCAAAGAUUUGGAUGGAAGCUUUGGAUUUGUUGUCUAUGAUAACAAGGCCAGAACAGUCUUUGCUGCACUGGGUGCAAAUGAAGAAAUUAGGCUCUUCUGGGGUAUUGCAGCUGAUGGUUCUGUGGUGAUUUCUGACAACUUAGAUGUCAUAAAAGCAAGCUGUGCUAAAUCAUAUGCACCAUUCCCUACUGGGAGCAUGUUCCACGGUCAGAAUGGGUUGAUGAGCUUUGAGCAUCCAAAAUUGAAAAUGAAGGCAAUGCCUAGGAUUGAUAGCGAGGGGGUCAUGUGUGGGGCCAAUUUUAAGGUUGAUAACCAAUCAAGGAUCCACAGCAUGCCACGUGUUGGAAGUGAAGCCAACUGGGCAACAUGGGGCUCACAUUAAUUCUUGACUCAGAUUCAUAACACAAUAGUGUGAAACCUAUAUCCACCCAAACAUUUGAUUUGGUGUUGAUUAUUACUGGUUUUUGUUGUACAUUUGCCUCACUUAUUGAGUUGAAUUGACUUGCAAUCCUUGUAUAUGAAUAAAAUGUUUUAAAGUUUAUAUGGGGCUAAGUGAUUUGCAAAUU